AUGAGGAGCCAGAGGACGGUGCUGCAGAGGCCCCGUGGGAGCACAUUACCCACACUUCACCGGCGCCCUGACUCUGCGCUCGCUAAUGGAUCCAGCUACACUAACACCGCUGUGGACGUGGAGCAGGACUUCACAAAUGUUACGUAUGGCUCCCAGCAGGUCGGGGGGAGCGAGGAGGUCUGCGGCUCCAGACAGAGGAGGAGGCCCAUGGGUGCAGGUGGGGAGGUGGUGAGACAUACUUUUAACGCUUCACUUGUUGAAGACUAA